GAUGAUUUUGAGCAUAUUGAGGAAUAUCACCCAGAAAAUAUUUGUAAUAAUAUAAGUGCUAAAGAAGACUAUAUGAACAUUAUUGAAAAUGAUAUUGAAGAUCACCAAACAUCCAUUCAAGGAAAUUUUAAGAAUGGUUAUCCAUUAGAUGCUGAGAAUUAUCAAGUAGCUGCUCAAGAUAACUUUGGAAGUUUUGAGGAAAAUUAUCUAUUAAAUAUCGAAGGUUGCCCAGAUACUACUGUUCAAUAUAUUUCCACAAAAGAAAUUACUAUUAAAGAAGGUGAUUCUUUUUCUUCAUGGGAAGAAGCUAAGUCAUAUCUGGAAAACUAUACAAAAUCAUUAGAAUUUUCUUUAUGCCUUAUUGAACCUAUAUUUCAUGAAGUUUUUGUGGUAAUGAAAAAAUACCUACUAGCACAUAUUCAAUCUAUUCAAAAACAACAGAUUAAUAGAGCUUUAUUGUAUCAUGCAAAAAUAAUUCCUAAAGAAUCUAUUAAUCUUAUACAGGAAGAUUCUGAUCAGCUAGAUUGUGAUUAUGGCUUUCUCGAGGACCACCUUGAUAGACCUCAAUUAUCUUUACAUUUUCUUUUAGAUUAU